GGGAGAUAAUUUUGGACGCUGAUACAAGAAGAAGCGCGUAAUGUUUAACCUGCUGUUUUCAAGGGAAACGAACUCAAGGUGCUGCUGAACUUCAAGAUCAGUCAUGUACUCUAGGUCUAUAUAUGAAUAUGGUGGCAGGAACACACGAGAACAAGAUAGAAAUCCUCAAGCAAGAGCUGUUUGGGACAGUGAUGAGAAUCCUUCACAGUUCUCACAUGGCAGCAGGAGAGUGUCGGGCACUACAGACAGAUACGGAGAGGGAUCUAUGUUUGGUUUCAAGGGGAAGUCUCCAGCAGCUGCUACUUUAAACACCUGGGGGCAACCUGCAGUACAGAAGACUUCGGGAUGGAGACGAAGCACAGAUAGCAAUAAUGAUAACAUUUAUCAUGAUAUUCGGAGACAAUUUGGUCAGACUGAUGGAUUUGAUUCAAUAGACUCCUCUGCAGUGAUUGAUCGGAGCAGGUCUGGCAAUUUUGGUGAAAGAACAAGUCAUGGAUCUUCCUUCAGAGAUGACUCAUUUGGGUUAGAUCAAGGUGGAGAUUUUUUGUUACGCAGAGGUGACAAAGACAUAAAUAGGACAGGGACAAGUGGAAGUCGUAGGAGUCUGAUCACUGGCUUAGGGAUGGAGAAGGAAAGUAACAGGUUGACAGAAAGUAUGAGAUGGAUGGACGCUUCAGGCAUGGACACAGGCAACAGCAGAUUUGGUCGGGAAUCAAGAGGAGAUUUGACUACAAAUUCUGGAAUGGAAAAUCCAAGAAACAGAUUUGACAGGAAAUCUAGAGAUUUUACUACAAGAAGUUUGGCUUCAAGUUCUCCAAUGGAAACAGACAGAAGUAGAUAUGGUCUGGAAUCAGGAGGCUUGGCUAUGAGUUCUGAAUUGGAAAUUGACAGAGGUAGAUAUGGUCGUGAAUCAAGAGGUUUGGCUUUGAGUUCUGGAUUUGAAACCAACAGAAACAGAGUCCUUGAAAGUAGAAGUAACACAUUGUAUCCAAUGGAAACAGAAGGUAUGACAUUGAAUGAAGAUGGCAGAUACCGUGGAAAUCCAAACUAUCCCUCAAAUGUAAUCAGGGAACCUGAAAGUGACAUAUUCAGAGGACAUAGCACUAACACCUACUUUCCAAUGGAUACAGAAAGAGUGAGAUUGAGUGCAAGUCAAAGUUAUGCUACAAAUGCAAGUUUGGAGAAAGAAGGCAACAGAAUAACUAAAGGGUUUAGGCUUUCUUCUUGGGGACCAAGAAGCAGUGAGACAGAAAGCAUCGAUCGGAGAGAGAGUAAUACAGACCGUUACACUUCCAAUCCAAUUGCUGCAGACAGGAACAGGUUCAGAGAAAGUCGAAGAUAUCCUAUUGGUUUUAGAAGGAUGACUGAGGACAAUGAAAUCUCUGACAUUCAUAGAAGGUCAUCUGUUAGACCAUACACCGAGACAGGAAGCAACAGGUUCCAAGAGGGCAGUAGCAUAUCCUAUGCAAUGAAACCAGAAAGGACUCUGUUGAGUGAAGGUGGUAGAAAUUGGACACCCAGUCUGGUAGCUGAAAAUAGAAACAGAUCUGAGGUUAUAGACUAUUCUGCAAUUGCAAGGAUGGAUAUGGACAGCGAAAGAUUUGACAUUGGUUACAGACAACGUAUUGACAAACCAAGCACAGCAACCAGCAGCCAUAGAUUUGGGAUCGAUAGAUUUUCUCCUAAUUUAAGCGCUGAAUUUCAAAGAAUCAGAGGUUCUGCAAAUUCUAGAAAAGACAUGAGCCUGAAGCCGAGGGAGAGUCGAACAGGUUAUCCAACAAAAGCAAAAAAGCUAACACUAAGCAACAGGCGCAGUUUAAAUUCAAGAAGGCCAACAAGACCAAACGUGAGGACAGGUGGUAACAUAUUAAGGCAGAAGUACAAACUCGGCCAUGAAAUCAAGCAAGAGAACAGAAAUGUUGACACAGGAAUACAAGUCAGAAAAAGAAGAAGUAGCAUGCAUGCAGAGACAAGCAAUUCAAAUAAAACAAGAAGGCUGGACGUUCAACACACCAAAAGUAACACAGUCAGUGGCAAGGAGAAGACUCAAAGUAAACCAAGUGAUGGUAAACAAGAGCAGAGGGUUAAUGAGAAGACUUCAAAUACUGGAAAUCAACUCUGGAAGUUUAUUGCAUUAAAACUAGUUGUUAGAAACUUAGGUGAAGCAGAAAAGAAAAACUCCAUAUCUGCAAUGAACCUUGCCCUGAAGAGGAGUAAACUGGAUCUAAAGUUGGUUUUCCAUUGUACAGAGUUGGACAGGAUUCAGAACAAAUUGAGGUUCACAGGAACAUUGCACAUCGGUGAUGUCUUCCUAGCUAGAUCUGUGAGCAACAGCAGGAAGUUUGCGAGAGGUACAUGCUAUUCAAAGGCCAUGAAGGUCCUCAUGACUCAGCCAGCGGAAGAUAUUUUGAAACUGAAAGACAAAGGUACUGAGGAAUCCAUUGAUUCUUUCAAAAAUGUUGAAAGAAGCCAAAAGGAGACCUCCACUGAGGAAAUGGAAAGUCUUGACCUUUGUGAAAAGUUGAAGAAGCUGAUCAGCUUUAUGAAUGGUUCACAGAGGAAAGCUUGUAACCCUAUGGAUGAGUUGAACCAUGCAGUUGGUUCUUCUGUGUGUCAGCUACGUCGAGAAUACAAAGAAGAAUUGGUUGAGGUUCAAGAGGGAGUCACUUUUUGCAAGGGCACGCUCACUCUUGAUGGACUUCUGAUUGCUACUGUUACAGGGAAAGAACCAAAACAGGUCAAGCGUAGGACAUAUGGGAAAGCAGUAGAUUUUCUCAAGAAAAGCCCACUGUCAGUUGUCAUUGAUGGUGCUGCUGAAGAUAAGCACAGUUCCUUUCUUUCAGCACAUGAUGUCCUGUCACAGAAUCAUAUGAAGGCAAAUAUAAACACACAGCAGAAGCUUGCCAAGCUUAUCAACCUGGUUAAAAAGAUACCAGAUGAAAGUGACAUUGUUAACCAAUUGGGCCUUGCUAUCAGGAAAGCCGAUGUGCUUCUCACAUGUCUCUACAAGAGAGGUGAUAUUGUGGACCGCUUGAAAGUUUUCGAGUGUGAACUUUACCUAAACUGCAUAUAUAUCUGUACAGCUGAAGGCCACAGGAUUCAGGAGGCAGGAAUCAAUGCUUACAGAGAAGCAUUUACUGUACUUUCAAACAGUUCAUCAGACACCAUCUUCAAUGAUUUCAAGCAGGUGACUUCUCAAGAUGUACAGGGAGUUAUUGAAGUUAGUGAGGAUUUUGAAGGCAAAAGAAUUUUGAAAUGUUUUAAUUCAAAUCUAUUGAGGAGCAUGGGGCUCAAGAGUGGUAUACGGUUUGAACCUGUGCCAGACUACAGAGAAUUUCCAAGAGAUUGGCAGAGCAUGAUUGUUAUGGAGCAGGACGCAAUGUCAUCAGACCGCUUGAAUAGAGCAUAUGACAUUCUUUUCGAAACUGCUACCAAGAACUUUACCUCAAUGUUUCGGAAGAUUGGGUCAAAAGGAAGCGUUCGCAAGUGUGAACUAUUCCUACAAGGUGAGAAGCUCGCAGCGGCCAGUGGCAGAAAUAAUGGUGAAGCUUCUGCAAAGGCAGCAGCCAAAAUCCUCUUCAAGUUGUACGAGAAUCAACCAACAAUCAAGCUGCUGUCCGAAGGGGAUUAUUCAAGGUCCUGCCACACCUACGAGUCAAUCAAAGAAAAGGCAGAUAAGAUGAAGGCUGAGAGUGAGGACUCGGGGACAGAUGACUUCAUCAUUCUCCCGUGGACACAACAAAAUAACCAGGAAGAACUCAUGGAGGAAGAAGACAGUUUUAUAGGGGAUAGUGAUGCACCAUCCUUGACACUACCAGUCAACAAGUGGGUGAAACAGGUGGUAGAGGUGAUGAUCGAGGACUUUGCAGAAACAGAAAGUUUGGAGGAACUCGUCUUUGGUCCUGGGUUUCCUUUGGGAGAUCAAAAGCAGAUCAAGAUUACUGCUACAAAGCAUCAUGUUUAUAGCGUUUACAGGAAAGCACCAGAUAAAGAUAAGACCGUCAGUGUUUUUCAGAAACAUUCACCCGAGAAAAUGCUGGAAAUAUUGGAGGCAAAUGAUGGUGCAUGUGGAAAGUAUGUUCUUGUACCAAAGAAAGAUCUUCCAAGAUUAGCAGAUCUGGAGGCAGAUAAUUUUGGAAUCAGCAUGGCCCUGCAAGAAAGUCAUUUUAAAUAAUUUCGUGGUAAUCCAUCUGAACAGACAACAAUACUAAAACAUUGAUUUACAAAUAUCCACCAAACACUUCUCUUUCACCCUUAUUUUACACUUCAGUUGUUGAGUGUAAUCAGAUAUUAGCUGUACAUUUCCUGGCAUCCACAUGUCACUGAUCAGGUGCUAUUUUCAUCGACAAUGAAAGUGUUCAUGUGAUCACCUUCCAAACAAGGUAUGUUCACUAAUUACAAGAUUUCACUCGCAGAGUCGUUUUCCAUUAAAUCUGUCAUUAAUUGGCUGUUUUUGUGAAUACGUUUCAGGAAUUAUGCGGAGUUUUCAUCUGCAACAAGCAUACCGUAUGUACAUAUUUGAAUUUCAAUAUUGAAACUGAGCAUGUUUUGUUGCUGCGUUCUUUGGUGACAUUGUUGACUAUACAACUAACAUACUUAUGUGAAGGUAUAUAUACCGCCUGCUUAGGGCUUGGAUGGGUGACUCGGGCACUCAAAUCGGAUAGGUAUACUGAGUAGGACCCGGGUACCAACAUGAUACAUUGUUUAAUGACAAAGUUUCACUGUGACUCUGUGGUUACACUACAGGUUAGGGCUGGGACGAGUCCAAAUUUACUACUUGGGUUCCAACCCCGCUAUAACCCGACCCUACCCGGGUACCCGCUACAGGUCUCAAGAGUUUGGUACAAAAUGUCCGAUUGGAAAUAGUUUGAGCGUAGCCCUGGUAAAAUUAAUUUAAUAUAUGAAUAAAACGAUCUGGUCAUGCAUACACUGAAGUUGACUGAAGUGUUAUUUUUUUUUCAAACCUAUAAAUGUCACAAGCAAUAGUGCUUAUUCAGAAAGAAAUGCAAACAUUAGUAACUUGUACUGUAACCUAGAUAUUUUUAAUCAUUACACAAUAUAUCACAUGACUUACCACGGGUCCGGGUAGUCCUGUGGGUACCUGGGUUCUACUCAGUACCCACCCGACCCAAGUACCCGAGUUGCCCGUCCUAGCCCUGCUACAGGUCACUAAUGUUCGCAUUUAUUUCUUACUUUGUUUGAAUAAAAACAAAGCUUCUGUCAACUUCAGUGUAUGCAUGACCAGAUCUUUUUAGACAUGUAUCUAAAAACUUUUUGCCCAGGGUUCCAAUAAAACAAUUCCCAAUCCCACUUUUGUCCCCAUCUCUUCAGACUGACAGGGGUAGUGUCGGGUAAUAGGGGUCGAGUACCUGGGCAGUAAAUUUGGGCUCGUUCCAACCCAACUUAUGAUGUAAUGUGAAAGGACUUUUUACAUGAAACAAAUUAAUUUUUAUAUUAUGAAGUCAAUAUGUCUUGUAAAUACUUAAAAAAUAAUUUUGGCAACAUAUUUAACAUGUUUAAGAAUAAUAUUUUGUUAAAACCACAUGGCUCAGGUUUAAAAACUUUGUGUGAAUGUAAUGGCCAAGUUUAUUCAGGGCAUCACUAUUUGCCGUCAAGAUCCUCAUCCUACCUUUUUUGACUCACUACAGAUACAUGUACAAUUCUAAGGUUGAAGUGUCAUACAAGUAUUACCUCAUUACUUGUAAAGAUUCAGGUUAGAAUAUGUCUUCAGCAACCCAUGCUUGCCGUAAAAGGUGAUUUACGGGAUUGGGUGAUCAGGUUUGCUGACUUGGUUGAUGCAUGUCAUCAUAUCCCAGUUGUGUGGAUCGAUGCUCAUGAUAUCAAUCACUGGAUUGUCCAGUUCAGAUUUGACCACGGUAAUUACAGACCACCGUCAUUUAACAAACAAACCAAACAAAAUUACUUCAUUAGUUAGGUUGGUCUUCAGCAACCCAUGCUUGCCUUAAAAGGCGACUAUGCUUGUCGUAAGAGGCGACUAA